AUGGCGGACGAGAAGCAGUACCAAGAGGAUGUUGCUACGGCAGGAUCGCUUACACAUCACCCAAGCGCCGGUCUGCAUCAUGACCAUAUCGCUGAAGAAGCUAUCGGUGGUCACACAGCUGACCUGGGUCGCUCAUACUUUACAAGCCCGAGUUUCAUAGGCACUGUCAUCAUAUCAGGCUACUUAGGAUGGGUCUUGCCGGCCAAUACCCUCACACUUAUCAACGCGGCCAUCGGACCAUCACCAAACAUCAUAUGGGUUGGAAUAUCAUGGACCGCAGGCUUCGCUAUCGGCUUCACGCUAGUUGGCCGUCUCUCGGAUAUCUUCGGAAGAAGAUGUUUGGGUGAACUCGUACCCAACAGCGUCAGAGGUCCCGUCAACGCCUUUGUGCUCUCGACUUCUAUUCCCUUCGCCGUCUUCGGCCCUCCAGUCGCGCGAGCAUUGUACUUGAACACCGAGCUUCAGUGGCGCUGGUGCUACAUUUUGGGUGUGAUUGUCAACACGCUUGCAAUCGUGCUGUACUAUUUCUGCUACCAUCCACCCACAUAUGAAAUGCUACACGUCGGCGGCAAGUCCAAGAUGAAGCAACUCAGGACCCUCGACUGGCUCGGCAUAUUCCUCUUCUCAACAGGCCUCGUCGUCUUCCUUAUCGGCAUGAACUGGGGCGGCUCCGCAUAUCCAUGGAAGUCUGGACAUGUACUAGGAGCGUUGUUCGCUGGCUUUGCAACCUUGGUCGCGUUCUGUUUCUGGGAGGCAUACUCGGGACUUGAAUACCCGCUCAUCCCGAUGCGCUUGUUCAAGAACAUCCCAUACGACGCCAACGUGGCGUGUGCCAGUCUUGCUGCGAUCGUUUACUAUGCCAAUUCCAUCAUCUGGCCGACUAUGGUCAGCUCGCUAUUCACCACGGAUGUAACGGAGAUUGGAUGGCUUUCGUGUGCCGUAGGCGGCGGUCUCCUCUUAGGCCAGAUCCUCGGUGGCGCAGGUGUGCGUUACGUCCCGCGCAUGAAGAUUCAAAUGACCGUCGCGGCCGUCAUAACUACCGCAUUCGUCGCCGCUGUCGCAGCUUCCAACGCAAACACGCGCAACCAAACGACCGGCCUUCUCCUCAUCGGCACCAUUGCUGCGGGAUAUAUCGAGAACCUUACACUGUCCUCAACUGCGUAUUUAUGGGAUCCGGCCGACAUGGGAUUAGUGACUGGGGUCAUGGGCGCUAUACGUACUGGUCUAUCUGCUAUAGCGACGAGCAUGUAUUCCUCCAUCCUCGCCACUGAGUCGGCGAAGUAUAUUCCGCAGAAGGUCAUUCCCGCUGUUACUGCGUUGGGUCUUCCUUCCUCCUCACUACCAUCUCUCCUGCAAAGCAUCGCUCUGGGUGAUUUCUCGGCAGUUCCGGGUAUCUCGCCGGAAAUCAUUGCUGCGACGGGUGCGGCGGUGAAGGAUGCGUAUGCGUUGAGUUUCAGGACUGUGUAUCUUUGCACUUUGCCUUUUGGAGCGCUGCUGAUUAUCGCGGGUUUGUUCAGCCCGAACGUAGAGCAGUAUCUGACGGACGAAGUAGCGAGGAAGAUGCAUGGUAAGAUGGAGAAGAAUGAAGUCGCCAUGAAAGAGAACGUCGAUGAAGCGUAG